AGCCCAGGGCCGGAGAUGGCGGAGACGCUGCUGACGGUGUGCUGGCGUUGCAGCAGCCGCUUUCCCUACGCGCUGAGGCAGAGCGGGACGGCAGGCCGCGCGCGAGAGACCGUGAUGACGCAGCGCCAGCCCCGCCCGCGCCCUCGCCACGUGCCGUUGCCAGGGAUUGGGAUUGGCCGAAGGGGCGCCGUGAGGGCGGAAGCGGUGCUCCACAGCCGCCUCCCUGCUUCACCCCUAGUACCGCCGCAGCCGCUUGGGCUCUCCUCACGCUUUCGCGCCUUUCCCCCGCUGAGACUCUGGGGGCCCUGCCCACUUUCCCCCUCACAACAUCCCUGUGAGCUUAUCAUGGACCUACCUGUGGAAAAAUGGAAGCUUUACAUUAGUGAGAAACUCACUUCACUGGAGCUGUUGAUGGAGAAGCUACACCAUUCCAUGUCACUGAGGGACACCUUUCUUCAUUCUUUGACUCUUCUCUGUCCUGAAGAUGAAGAGUAUUUGCUCAGCCUGUCCAGGUACUAUUGUGUGAAGAAAGAUCUUCAGAUGGCUCUGUCCUGCAAGGAGGAAGGGAACAAAAAGUUUCGAAAAAGGGAGUACAGAACAGCAGCAGCGCUAUAUUCCAGGGCGCUCUCCCACGCAGAGGGCGGCAGUCCAGAAAUGGCAAUGUGUUAUGCCAACCGCUCCGCAGCUCUUUUUCAUCUGGGGCAGUUCGAGGCUUGUUUGGAGGACAUUAGGAGGGCACAGGUACAGGGCUACCCAGAAGGAUUGCUCCCCAAGCUUUUGCUGCGGAAAGCCGAAUGCCUCCUUUCUCUGGGUCGAUUUCAGGAGAUGGCAGAGGCCCUCGACAGCGUGGAGGAGAAAAUAUCCUCAGACAAGAAUCUGGAAGCUGUCAGCCACAAGAUGCUGCUUAGUAAAUUCAGUCAGCUGAAAGUCGAAGCCUGCAAGGAGAACAGCAGCUUGCUCUGUCGGCCUGCUCUGUCUGACAGGACCCAGAAGGACUUGGAGCCCUGGGAGGAAAAUGUCAGGAUCUCAUGUGCCUCUGCAUCUGUGAGCUUGAACUUUUCUACAUGCAAAGGGCGCCAUUUAGUUGCAGCUGAGGAUGUCCUCCCUGGCGAAAUCUUAGUGAGGGAAGAGGCAUUUGUCAGUGUGCUAUGUCCAGGGGAAAGCUUCUUGCUUCGUGGCAGUAGGGAGGCCAUGUUGCACGGGCAGCUGGCUAAUGGAGAUCUUCACUGCCACCAUUGCUUAAGGCAGGUGCUAGCGUCUGUUUCCUGCCAGGGGUGCAGCUAUGCUAACUACUGCAGCGAUACAUGUGCCCAGCUUGCGUGGAAGAGCUAUCACAAGGUAGAGUGCUCCCUUGGGGGGCUGCUGCUCACCUUGGGAGUCUUCUGCCACAUCGCCUUGAGAUCAGUUCUGGUGGCAGGCUUUGCAGAGGUCAGCACUUUAAUACAGCAGUCUCACGGAGAGGAUGUUGUGGUGGAGUCUGUUGCUGAAGCGCCGGCUUCCAGGACUGUUGCGGAGGGAAACUUGGCCCACUGUAUUCCUGGCUGCGACGCUGAUGGGCAGUACAGCAGUUCCUACCGAACCGUCUUCAGCCUUUUGCCACAUGCUGAAAAACACAGUCUUGAACUCAGGCUCCUCUGCAGCCUGAGUGUUGCAGCCUUGUGCAAGGGACUCGGAGAUGCUGGUCUGGAGACUUUGGUUUCAGAGAAGAGGACAUCCAAGAGCCAGGAAGAACCAAAAGCUGGCCAAACGUCUCCUGAGCUGGAAGUCUUGGGGGAGGCCAUGCUGAGGCAUAUGUUGCAGUUGCAGUGCAACGCACAGGCAGUGUCUGCACUCUGCUCAUCAGGGCCUGAAAAUGGGCCAGUUGCUAGCAGCGAGCAGGUGCGCCUGGCCACUGCGUUCUUCCCUGUGGUCAGCCUCUUGAACCAUUCCUGUGAGCCAAACACCAGUGUGACUUUCAGCGGCAGAACCGCAGAGGUCAGGGCUUUGCAGUCAGUGCCAAGAGGACAGGAGAUUCUCCACUGCUAUGGGCCUCACAUGUGCAGGAUGGGGGCUGCUGAAAGGCGCAAGCGUCUCCUUUCCCAAUAUUUCUUUGAAUGUCGGUGUCGGCCCUGCUCAGAGGAGCUGCAGCCCAGUUCCAGGAAGAGAGUGUCCUCCCAGCACAGCCUCUUCUGUUGCCCUGCCUGUCACAAUCCCAUGCGGGGGGAUGGGCUCCUCCAUUGUUCCAGCGAGGCCUGCAAAGUGCUAGUUCCCGAGGAUCACUUCCAGCCUCAGCUCUGUGACCUUCGGCUGCAAACUGAGGCAGCCUUGGAGCUUCUGGAGGGUGGCAAGCCAGGUCGGUCAGUGGAGCUGCUGCUGGAAUGCAGGCUGGAUGCUGAGAGAUUCCUCUCUCCAGCACACGUGAUGGUGGGCGAGAUUGAGGAUAAUCUGGCCCAGGCGUAUGCGAUCCUGGGGAAGUGGCAGGAAGCAGCAGGGCACCUGCGCAAAAGCAUCCAGAGUGUAGAAGCCCGUUAUGGGCCCUCCAGCAUAGAAGUGGGUCAGGAGCUCCUCAAACUGGCACAAAUCCUCUUCAAUGGGCGUGCUGCAUCAGAAGCCCUGCAAAUCAUUCAGAAGGCUGAAAUGGUUUUGUCUGUGCACUUUGGCACCCGGAGCGCCCAGCUCCAAGAGCUGCAAGACAUGAAAGUCUGCCUGGAGGACCUGCUCGGAGGAGUCUCUGUUGCCGCGGCACCUAAGAUGUUGUAAGUGGAAAACAUGCUGGCUCUCCUGGUUAGUCUGAUGUUCGGCAUUAUUAACCUUGGUGGGGGAUGAAGCCUGAAUGAUGAUGGGACAGACAUGCCCCUUGUGCCUUGUGAGGCCAGCAAGAGCAAUGUGUGAUGUUGCCGCACUUAAUUAAACCCUCAUGAUCUUU